AUGCUCAGUCGUGCUGAAGAGACCGGCGGCAAUCGCACUGUCAGAAUGGCAAGAGGCGCAAGUGGCAGGCCUUCCGCAACCUCGUCACCCGCGCCGGCGCACAAGAUCUUCCAUGAAAUACUGCCUCCGGCACCAGUGCCGCCAGAUCCACGCACAGAGCACGGCGCAUACUUGCUUGAGUCUGUUGGUCUCACGGAGUACUUUCAGCAGGAAGAUCAGCCCAUCUUCGUAGUGGAUCUAUACGACGAUACACACGGUCUGGACCCCGAGCUACACCAUAUAUUCGCUAACGAUGCACUAUGCGAAAGACCUGUACUUCUGGACCAUGUUCGAGGCUUGGGCUCAGAUACUGCACAAGUUACUACUCUGGGAGCCCCGUUCGCCGACUUCAAGUCAUGGGCGCUGGGCCUCUUCUCCGAUCCUAACACCGUCAGAUCGUUCCCAUUCGCGGGUACAACAUGGAAGUCUUCCACAGUGUCGAAAAGGUUUCGAGUCAUUACAGGCAGUCUAGACUCCCUGCCGCCUCAAAUCCAGGAACUCAGCACACCAUCUGUCAUGCAACCAGUGAAUGGAUAUGUGCCUACCAGGAUACGUGAUCCAUCGCCAGGUUAUUUCGACCACAUACGACCCACGCGUCUGAUCACGACUAGCAUCUCCGGUAGCCUGGAUGGGCCUCUAUCACCACGGACUCCUAUAGAGGCACAACCGACACCGUCCGGUGAUAUGGGUCACGAAGAGCUUUUAGCGGGACCUCUAUCACCAGCUCCCGAGCAAAGAACGUUGCCUGCGGCUAACAAUGGCGAGCUCCUUGAGCUUCAGGACCAGAUCACCUCGGAGAAUGGAUCGUUCGACUGGACCAGGCUCCCACUGGGCCCAAAUCUGCCAGCACAUAUACAAUUUGCUCGUGGUAUCGACUGGGGUUCCACAAGCUUAGGUGCGAUUGAAGGUUGGGCUUCUGACCUGAGAGGCAUGUGCAACCUGAUUAUGGCAAGUCCUCAUCCGGCGGCGAUGUACUGGGGUCCUGAUCAUGUUGCCAUCUACAACGAGCCGUAUAUCUUACUGGCAGGACAGAAGCAUCCUACGCUCAUGGGUAGCAGAUAUUGCGAUGCAUGGUUCGAGAUAUGGGAUGCACUGCAGGAAGUCUUCGACAACGCCUACCAUAGUGCUCAGGCAACUAUGAAGGAUGAUGAUUGCCUGUUCAUUAUGCGGAAUGGGUUCUUGGAGGAGACAUACUUCUCGUGGAGCAUUAUACCUCUCAUCGGCAACGAUGGCAGUGUGGUUGGGCUUUACAAUCCUGCCUUCGAAAAGACUCGUCGAAAAGUCGCUGAGAGAAGGAUGCUCACACUGCGUGAGAUUGGCGAGAAGACAGCGGCAGCUCGGAAGGUCGAUGAUUUCUGGAGCCUCCUGAUCGAGGGUCUUCAGUUCAACGAGCUAGACACACCUAUGGUCAUGGUGUACUCGCUGACCAACGAUAUGCAGGAUCUGGACGAUCUUUCUACUUCUUCGAACAGCGGAGCAUCCACUAAGAUCGCGUCCCUGGAGGGCACGCUAGGUGUCCCAGCCCAACAUCUCGCAGCGCCCGAGACCAUUGACAUGAAAACCAGCAAAGACGGCUUUGCUCCGUAUUUUCGCCAAGCGCUCACUACAGAUCGACCGAUUGUCCUUAGACAGGACGACGGAACUCUGAACCCAGAGCUGAUUGAAGGUAUACAAUGGCGCGGCUAUGGCGACCCAUCUCGUGUUUUAGUCAUUUGCCCGAUACACCCUACGACUGGCGAGUCCACACUAGGGUUUCUGGUAAUGGGAACAAAUCCUCGAAGACCAUAUGACGAAGAUUAUGAGUUAUUCGUACAGCUUCUUGCGCGUCAAUUGGCUACGUCAAUAGCAUCAGUCGUUCUGUUCGAAGCGGAAAUCAGAAAGGGCGAAAGAGCGGCGCAGUUGGCUGCACAGGACCGCAUCGAGCUGAACAAUCAACUAGUUGCGAGGACGCAAGAGGCAGUGGAGGCGGAGAACAAGUUUACACGGAUGGCAGAACUCGCACCCGUAGGCAUGUUCAUUGCCGAUUCGAAUGGUUCUUUGUUCCUCGUCAACGACGCCUGGUACGACAUCACAUCAUACUCGCGCGACAAAGCUAUAAGCGACGACUGGAUCAACUAUGUCGUCGAGGAUGACCGAGCUCAAGUGCGCGAAGCGUGGCAAGUCAUGCUCUUGAACAGAUCGCCCAUCUCCCUCGAGAUUCGCUUCAAGACCCCGUGGAGAGACAAUCUAGGAAACACAAGCCAUACCUGGGUCCUCACAAGUGCCUCGCCGGAGAAGGAUGAAGAUGGCAAUCUGAAGAGAAUCUUCGGCUCCAUGACCGAUAUCAGCGCGCAGAAAGCUGCCGAAAGCAUGCAGACGAAACGUAUGGAAGACGCUCUAGAAAUGAAACGGCAGCAGGAGAAGUACAUUGACACAACUUCACAUGAGAUGCGCAAUCCUCUAUCAGCCAUACUGCAAAGCGCCGAUUCCAUAGCUGGCACUCUGACCGACAUUCGUAACGCUCGAGACCUUACGCAAGACCAGCGCGAGUUGCUUGAUGUUACUAUAGAUUCGGCACAAACAAUCACACUAUGCGCACAGCAUCAGAAGAGGAUCGUGGACGACGUCUUGACAUUGUCGAAGCUCGACUCGGCCAUGGUGGUCGUCACACCUGUGGACGUGCAGCCCGUCAGAGUGGUGCAAAGGGCGUUGAAGAUGUUCGAGGCCGAAUUGUCCACAUCAGAUAUUGUACUCGAGUUCAAGGUCGACCAGUCAUACACGGACUUGGGCAUCGACUGGGUCAUGAUAGACCCGCAUCGACUGUCACAGGUGCUGAUCAACUUGACGACCAACGCGAUUAAGUUUACCACGACACAAGAGAAACGGACCAUAAUUAUGUACGUUGGCGCAUCCACUGAGAAGCCGUCUACGGAGGACAAAUGGGGCCUUACCUACAUCCCGUCCCGGACAAGCAAAGAUCGCGAUGUCACAGCAGCCGCUCAAUGGGGUCUCGGGGACGCAGUCUUCCUGCACUUCGCUGUCGAGGACACUGGCAGAGGUUUGGACGAGGAGGAGAAGAAGCAGCUCUUCCAGCGGUUCUCCCAAGCAAACCCUCGUACGCAUAUAAGCUACGGCGGCAGCGGCCUUGGCCUUUUCAUAUCGCGGGAGCUAGUCGAACUCCAGGGCGGUGAGAUCGGCGUGGCCUCCGAAGCCGGCAAAGGCAGCACAUUUGCGUUCUACAUCAAGGCGCGGCGAGCACAGCAGCCACACAGCUCAGCAAGAGCGAUCUCGGACCGGUUCACCCUGGAGUGCACGAGCCCGCCACCACCGUCCCCGCCCACGUCACCAGCUGCACGCGAAGGCUUGAACGUGCUGAUCGUCGAGGACAACCUGAUCAACCAGAAAGUGCUCGCAACUCAGCUGCGCAAGAUCGGCUGUGUCGUGCACGUCGCGAAUCACGGGCAAGAAGCUAUCGAGCAGAUUAUGGCUUCGCAAUUCUGGGCCGCCCCACCCACCACUGUCGCUAAGAACGGCACGGUCUCAGACAACCCUCCAUCCCCCGCAAUAACGAUCGACGUCGUCCUGAUGGAUCUGGAAAUGCCGGUGAUGGACGGUCAGACCUGUGUCCGCCGUCUGCGACAAAUGCAGUCCGAAAAGCAGAUCAAGGGGCAUAUAUAUUAUUGCAGUGACUGCGAAUGCAAGGGAAGAGCAGAUCUUGAAUGCAAGAAAGAGUGGGAUUGA